AUGGCCAACCUACUCCGAAACAAAGUCAUCGCCGUGACCGGCAGCUCCUCAGGCAUCGGACGAGCAAUCGCAGCCCGGUGCGCGCAGGAAGGGGCCACGAUGGUGCUGCACCAUCGCGGUGACACGCAAAGUCUUAUAGACGCCGAGUCCCUGCACAACGAGCUCACGCAAGGCGGGGCCGUGAUACUAGACGGCCAACAGACCUCCCACGCCAUCAUCGGAAGGGACCUCACCUCCGACGGCGCCAGCAGCGACCUGAUCAGCCAAACCGUCUCAGCAUUCGGGCGGAUCGACGUGCUGGUCAACAACGCGGGGAUCUGCCAAUUUACGCCAGCCAGCUCGGUCACGAAGCCGUCGCUGGCGAAGCACAUGGACGUCAAUUUCACCGCAGCGUAUCUACUCACGCAGGCGGCUACGCGGCAGAUGAUCCAACAAGGUCGAGGGGGCAGCGUGGUGUCGAUCUCGUCAAUCACUGCAAGGUUCGGCUCGUCGAACUUGACUCAUUACGGCCCAACUAAAGCGGCACUGAUCGCGAUGUCCAAGUCCUAUGCGGUGGAGUUUGGGAAGCAUGGUAUCAGAUACAACUGCGUCUUGCCGGGGACGAUUCAGACGGCGAUGAAUGAACGCGAUCUGGCUGCUAAUGGCAAGAGGGAAUGGAUGACUCGUAGAGUUCCGUUGGGGAGACUGGGGUAUCCAGAUGAUAUUGCCAGGUCGGUUGUAUUCUUUGCUAGUGAUUUGUCUGCAUAUGUGACUGGGGAGCAGUUGUUGGUUGAUGGUGGGGCUUCUGUGAAUUAUCAAUGA